AUGGCUGACAAAAGGACUGGCUCGGGGUUACCUCUGUUAUUUUUGUUAAUUAUUGUCAUUUUGUUACAUUUAUUUAUUUGUCCAUUCACUAAAGUCGAGGAGAGUUUUAAUUUGCAAGCGGCCCAUGACAUUCUUUAUCACAGACUUGAGUUUGAUAAGUAUGACCAUCAUGAUUUCCCGGGUGUGGUACCGCGGACCUUCCUUGGCACAUUGUUUCUUUGCACACUCUGCUCCCCCAUUGUGUUUCUGUCAUCUCUCGUGGAUGCUCCAAAAUUCUACACACAGUUGUUGGUGCGUGGCUGCCUGGGAGUGUGUGUAAUUGGUGCACUUUGGCACAUGCAAAGAGAAGUGAGGAGACAGUUUGGUGCCACAGUUGCGGGGCUCUUCUGUCUGACCUGUGCUUCUCAGUUUCAUCUCAUGUUCUACAGCACCAGGACCCUCCCUAAUGUAUUCGCGCUUCCAAUAGUUCUCCUGGCUUUUACAUCUUGGAUGGCUCAGAGAUAUGGUUCUUUCAUCAGCCUCUCUGCUUUGGUCAUCAUUGUGUUUCGGUCUGAGCUCUGCAUCUUUCUGGGCCUCAUGUUGCUGAUGGCACUGGUGAGCAGAAAGCUGAGGCUGAUGGAGUUGUUUUACUAUGCAGUACCUGCUGGGGUUUUGUCACUGGCUCUGACUGUGGCCAUUGACUCAUUUUUCUGGAGGAAACUGCUGUGGCCUGAAGGUCAGGUUCUGUGGUACAACACUAUACUCAACAAAAGCUCCAACUGGGGAAUCUCCCCCUUUCUGUGGUACUUCUACUCUGCGGUGCCCCGUGCCCUGUGCAGCACACUACUCUUUGUCCCCCUUGGCCUCUUGGACAGGCGGAUGAGAGUCCUGCUGCUACCUACAGUGGGAUUCAUUCUCUUAUACUCACUGCUUCCCCACAAGGAACUGCGCUUCAUCAUAUACACUUUCCCUGUGCUCAACAUUGUGGCUGCUCGUGGCUGCUCUUUCAUCUUGAGCAAAUACCACAAGUCCUGGUGGAAUAAAGUGGCUUCUUUGUUUGUAAUUGGCCAGCUGUUGACCAAUGCAGCAUACUCUAGCAUCUCUCUCUACAUUUCCUACUACAACUACCCGGGAGGCCAAGGGAUGAAGGAACUACACAAGUUGGUGCCAGUCACAGCAAAUGUCUUUGUUCACAUUGACACCUAUGCCGCUGAAACUGGAGUGUCUCGCUUCUUGGAGCAGAACAGAAACUGGAGAUAUGAUAAGAGAGAAGACAUAAAACCUCAAAGUCCAGAAAUGAAAAUGUACUCACAUAUUCUGAUGGAGGCAAACACCACCAAGAUACAACUUCUCCAAGGGACUCACCAGCCUCUGGCCUUCAUAGAAGGUUACAACAACAUAGCCUUGGACAUGUUUCACAUUCCUCCAAUUAGUGUGCAGCUAAAGAAAAAAACUGUCCUAUUGGUGACAAAGACUAAGCCUGAGUAAGGACAAGAAC